UGGAUUUUGUAAUGAGUGUUUGGGUUCGUCAAAGAGCGGAAGAAAGGAAAAAUUAUGUUUUUUAUUUUUAAUUUUCCUAAACACCAUCGAAAGUAUUUACGUUGAACAUAUUUAUACUUAUGAUAAAUAAAUGAAGAAGUAUUUUUGUAAGACGAGUUAUUAAUUGUUACAGUAAAACAUAUUGGAAAAAGUAUAUAAAAAAUUAAAAAAUAAGUGAAAAAUAUAAUAAAGGUUUCUUGAAAGAAAAUUGCAAAAUAUUUUUUAUAAAAAGCGAAGUUGUUAAAAUUGUUUACCUAAAAAAAAUAAAUAAAAUUAAAAAAGUGUAAAUCGUGAAUAAAUUGCCAAGCACCCAAUGUCAACAUUUUGGAUUACUUUUGCGUGUUUCAACUAAUCGGAUUAUCAUCCUCAUCAUCACAAUCAACAUAAUUGUGAUAUUUUUAUUUUAUAACCAGAAAUUAAGCGGAAAUUAACUUGCGUCCGUUUAUACGCACCGAUUCGAACGAACACGGAAGAAAAUCGUAGGAGAGGAGAAAAGUGUAAUGUAAAUGGUCCAAGUUGUGAAUGCCAUAUUCAUUUAGGGCUGGAAGAAAAAUCUACACGAAAAAACAUAAGCACGUCAGAAGAAAAAAUCUUUAGGUUUUUUACUUUACCAACAUUGAAACAGAAGUGCACACAUUAAUCAUAAUCAUUUACGGGAAAGGAAUACCAAAAUAGAAUCUUAAACACCAAGGAAUCGAAGAAAAGCGACUAAAUAUAAAUAAAAUAUAAAAACGGAAGCAAACGACGAAAAAGUAAGAAAGCAAUCAAGCUGCCAGGCAAUAAAUAAAAGAAAAUAAGAAGAGAAUACAGAAAAGUGUAGUAAAGUUGAAUUCUUCAAAGGUUGUUGUUGUAACAGGAACAUAAACAACAACAUUAAAUGUAAUUAGUGCCUCUUGUAUUAAAAGAAACUUAAGAAAAAAGAUAAUUUAUACUCAUAAAUAAAAAACCAAACGAAAACAAUCAAAGACGAUUUGCUGACGUUUAAGUAAAAUAGAUUCACAAGAAAUUGCGUUUAGGAGCACGCAAUAUAAAUGAAUGGUUUGCUGAGGCACAAAACGAAUAAAAUACAUUACUUACUAAGUACAAGCAAUAGAAAUCGCCCAAGUCAAGAAAAAUAAAACAAACAAAAGAGAAAAGAAUACGCAAGUCCUCAAAAAAUAUUAAAGGGCAUAAAGUUUAAUUGUCAUUGCAUGAAAAUGGCACCGUCCAAACGUCAUUACAGCUUAUCACUGUCAUCGUUAAUCACACGUUUUUGCAAAUCUAGCCUUAUUAUAUGUAUCGGACUUUUUACAAUACUAUUGACCGGAGCAGGUCUCACAAAUGGUGCUGUACUUUCGUUAUCAUCAUCAUCGUUCAGUAACAUGGAAUAUGACACAAUGAAUUGGAAUCAUAUCGUCGAUUUAAAUGAAGAUUUCCGUUUGCUCUGGGCUAUCAUUAAUCAAGAUAUAACUUUUGAAAUACAAGUGCGAACCUUAGGAUAUGUAGGUUUUGGGUUUUCCAAAAAUGGCAAUCAAGUUGGUGCCGACAUGGCUGUGGGUUGGGUUGAUGGAGGCCAUACAUUUUUUCAGGAUCGUUAUGUUGACGAUUCUGGUUCAGCAGAACCUCAAAUAGAUCCAUCUCAAGAUUAUAUACUAAUAAAAGGCUAUGAAAACGGCACUCACACGGUAUUGAGAUUUCGUAGAAAACUUGAUACUUGUGAUAAUAAACAUGAUAUUGCAAUAAAUAAUAACACAAUGCGCAUAAUGUUCAUGUACUAUGAUGAAGAUCCACCAAGAGGAUCUGUUACGCCAAUUGCAUUGCCAAAUCCAGAGGAAGCUUGGCGUCCUUAUAGAUCUUUAUUGCUGCUACAAAAAUCCCCUUUGGACUUAUCAUUUUCUGAUGGAUCUGCAAGAAUUUUGGAGCUUCGAAAUCAAGAAGUUGAAUUGCCAUACGGAGAUGACUCUCAGUUUUGGUGUAAAAUGUUUAAAUUAGAUAAAUUGGAAAGAAAACAUCAUAUUAUUAAAUAUGAACCGAUUUUUGAUUCCUCAUGGAGUUAUCACUAUUUGCAACAAAUGACGUUGUAUGAAUGUCAGGGGAAUAGCGUAGAUCUUGAACAACUAUCACGUGGUGCCGGACAAAUGUGUUUGGGUGUUAAAAGUUUGCACGUGGCAUGCAAUGCUAUUGUUGCCUCAUGGACAAGGGGUUCAGAGGGAUUUGUAUUUCCACCAGAGGCAGGAUUUCCUUUGGAAUCAAAACACAAUAAAUACUAUAUGAUGGAAACCCAUUACAACAAUUUAAAUGCUGAAUUUGAGCCAUAUCAAGCGCGUCGUAUGACCGAUAGCUCAGGUUUAAAAAUUGUAUUCACUCCGGAUUUGAGACCGCAUGAUGCAGGUGUACUAUCAAUUGGUAUGGAUCCCAAUUGGCGUCACAUCAUACCACCAGGUCAGGAACGUGUUAUUUCGCAGGGUCACUGUAUGGAAGAUUGUACUGGAUCGGCUUUCCCGCCCCAGGGUAUAAAUAUUUUUGCGGUAAUGAUGCGCACCCAUCAAAUUGGCAAAGAAGUUAAAUUACGCCAGAUCCGACAAAAUGAAGAACUUUUUCCCAUUGCCCACGACAGCAACGUAGAUUCAAGCUAUCAAGAUUUUCGCCGUCUUUCCCAUCCUGUGCGCUCAUUACCUGGCGAUAGAUUGGUUGCGGAGUGCAUUUAUGAUAGUUCGUCACGAAAGGCAAUUACACUAGGUGGACUUACUAUGAAAGAGGAAUCGUGCACAGUGUUAACUCUGUAUUAUCCUCGCCAAAAGAGCCUGACAACAUGUCAUUCACUGCCGAGUUUACCUACUGUAUUGCAUUCUCUGGGCAUUGAACAGUUGGCCAUGAACUCAAACCCAGUUGUUAUAGAGUCACCACCUGACUUAGCCGGUAUGACAUUAGAGACUCGUCUGCUGUCAUACGAUUGGGAAAAUCAAUUUGACAAAUUUCAAGAAGCAACUUUGCUUGGAACUUUUAAGCCAAUUUGCAGUGGAGCUCAUAAUCAAAUAUUACCAAUAUCUGAACACUUGAUCGGCUACAAUAAGAAUAUUAGCAAGACGUACAAGGAACCAAGACGAUGUAAGCCAAAGCGGUUAUUUGUCACCGAAACUAUUCCUCAACUUGAAUUACCGGUUUUACGCGAUUUUGAAAAUAAUCACAUUAGCGAAGCAUCAGUGCGCAGCAGCCGCAGUUCGUUCAUUGAAACGUUAGCCUUAAGUGGUUCUGAGUCGUCAUCUUCCAGACAUGUCAACUGGCACAGUAUACAUUUGGCAUGUCUGUUCUCACUGACGAUUUUAUGGUUCGCCAGAUGAAACAAUCACAAUCAAUGCAGCUAUUAAAUAUAAAUUUUAGUUCGAUUUUCUUUUUAUUUUUGUUCGAUCGUUAGUUCGUUCGUUUAAUCAAACGUAAACUUAAUAAGCAAUAUUUUGACAAUGACUGUUAAAAGCAAUCGCCGCAUCACAAACCUACUAUAAUAUUACUUAUAUGCAUAUAAUGUAACUCUCAAAAACCUACUCAGUCCCUACUUCCCCUCCUUUCUCUCUCUUAGAGUCUAAGUCUCAGAUAGACUUAAAAUCACCAAUAAGCAAUAGAUGUGUGCCGCGAAGUGUUUGUAGUUGUUUUUGUUUUAUUUUAUUUAGUUGAAAAUUGGGUAUAUGAGGAUAAAUGCAAAAGUGUAAGGAAUAGUGAGAGUAAAAGAGAGGGGAAAUGUUAGGUAAGGAGGAAACUAUAAUGAUAAUCAUAUUGAUAAUAGGAGUACUAACCAUAUUGUAGAGAUGGCUGGUACUACAUACACAUGUGUGUUGUAGUGAUAAAUUGAAUUAUACGAAAUAAAAAAAAAACAAUAUUUAUGUUGUAGACUCUAUAUUGAUGUUGUGCAUGUCCAUACAUAUGUGUUUUAAGCAAUAAAUGUUGUAUUUUAGAAAUUAUUAAAUAUAUAAAAAAGUAGUAGUUAGACUUAGUAAGACGAUGAGAAACAAAAAAAUAUAAAUAAUAAUAAGAAGAAACAAACAUAUAAAACAAAAUUUGUAGUUGGAGUUAGUUAAAAAGAAACGCAGGAUGAAAUAUGAAUGUUUUUGUUUGUUUUUAUUUGAGAAGAAGCAAGUUGGUCUACCAAAGCACUGAAGCUGUUAAAGUAUAAGAUUUUGACGCCAGUUUGAGCUGUGAUAUUUUUAAGCAACACUUUUCUUAAGUGCGAUAAGUGUACAAAAUAUAAAAUUAAAAUAUAAAAUAAUUAUAAAAAAAACGGAAGCAAAUAACUUAAUUUCAUACAAUACUAUACAUUGUAGUCUUCGAUAUUAUGUAGUUUGUAAAUCUAUCUAUAUAUUGUAUAAAUUAAAUGUGAAAUAAAAGAAAAAUAUAAAAAUCAAUAAAAAAAUA